AUGCUCACUUUUAAUCACCCUUUUAAGAGAAAUGGUGUAUGUGGAGAUAAUAGAGGGUCAAGACUCGCCAUGGAUUUUUCCAUUGCGUCGGUCGGUUGGGGAGUGCUCCAAAUUGUAUUCUCUUCGGCAGCAGAUGUGGAUCGCAUCAGGAAAGGCUCGCCAUGGAUUUUCCUCAAUUUUGCGUUGUGUUUGACUCGCUGGGCUUCGCCUACUCAGAUGCUAGCGGAAUCUCUUGCGCAUGCUCCGUUGAGGCUGCAGCUUUGGGGACUUCUAUUCGAAUGCUGCACCGAGCGGUUGGCAUCUAUGUUGGGCGCUGCUCUGGAUCCAACGGAGCCAGCCGUGAUUCACCAAUAUGAUAUCAACGACACACUCUUUCUUCGUGUUUGCGUGGUGCUUGACCUCACAACCCCACUGCCAUAUGAGAUAACGACGUCCCACAAAGAUGCUGGCAAAGGUGACUUCAACGCCCAUAUCAAAUUUGAGCGCUUACCCCAAUUAUGUUUUCUUUGUGGUGUGAUUGGCCAUUUGAGUCAAUUCUGCUCCCAGAAAGCAGAACUUGGUGAUUCACCUCCUCGGUAUUGCUAA